AUGUCCUUCUCCAGUCCUGAUUUUCGGAACAGCGACGACGAGAGUAUGGAGCGGAUCACCACUGAGGAGCAGCAUGCCACCAGAUCAGGCCCGAGCCUUCGCCUAGACGGCCGCGAUGACGCCGAAAGCCACACCUACGCCUCCACAGAAUUCCGGCUCCAGCACACCAACGCAAUCUUGGCCAGGGUUUCGCAGGCCACCCAGCAAUCGCCUCCUUCGGCCGGACGUUUGCGUGAUGCUGACCGCAAUCUGGACUGGGGAGAUGCCAUUGCCGGUGGGUUACGCUACGAGCAGAGCACAACUCUGUCUAUAUGA